UCUUGUGGCGGCAGUAACGGCUCCAUUUCUAAACACAACAAAGUAGCAACAGCUCCGUGAUGAAGCCUGUCACUCACGUUGUGAUUUCACCGGUGGAUUUCACACUGUAUCCUCUCACCCUCUGAUCUGAGUGUGUCCGCGGUCACACCCGGGUGGAAGAUGUCGGUGGUGACGGUUCAGCUGGGUCAGUGCGGUAACCAGGUGGGUCAGGAGCUGUUUGACAGCAUCUGCAGCGACAGUCAGGACGGACAGAGGAAAACAUACAGCGCAGCCAGCUGUGAGCGCUUCUUCCAUCAAACCACACAUGGAGAUCUUGUGGCCAGGGCGGUGCUGAUAGACAUGGAGACUAAAGUGAUCAACCACAGUAUGAUCAAGGCUGCAUGUUCUGGCAGGUGGAGGUAUGGAGACGCUUCACACUUCAGCCAGAAGCAGGGCUCUGGAAAUAACUGGGCUAAUGGGUACUGUGUCCACGGUCCUCGUCACAGAGAGGUGGUGGAGGAGCUGGUGAGGCGAGAGGUCGAGCGCUGUGACAGACUGGCUGGCCUCAUGGCCAUGAUGAGCGUGGCGGGGGGAACGGGGUCUGGGGUCGGGACCUACGCUACUCAGUGUCUCCGAGACGUCUACCCAAAGUCCUACAUCCUCAACCACCUUACCUGGCCAUAUGGAACUGGCGAGGUGAUUGUCCAGAAUUACAACUCAGUGCUGACGCUGGCUCAUCUCUACCAGCUGUCAGACGCCGUCCUGGUGCACGAGAACGACACGGUGCACAGGAUCUGCAGUCAGCUGCUCAACAUCAAACACAUCUCCUUCAGCGACGUCAACAGGGUCAUCGCUCACCAGCUGGGCAGCGUGCUGCAGCCGGCACUCACUGCUGACUCCCACGGAGCCUACAGCAGAAACCCUCUGGGUGAGAUGGUGAGCGCCCUGGCAUGCCACCCAGAGUACAAGCUGCUCAGUGUGUGCACCAUCCCUCAGAUGCCCAGUUCCUCCUUAGCUUACAGCACGUUUAGCUGGCCGGCGCUGCUCAAACACCUGAGACAGAUGCUCAUCUCCAACAGCAAGAUGGAGGAAGGUAUAGACUGGCAGGUGCGUCCACCUGCAGCCUCUGAGCGGACGAGGAGUCUCACAGCAGGAGCCAGCUUUAACACCUCACUGGCCAACCUGCUCAUACUGAGGGGGAAAGACGUCUACUGCGCAGAGACUGGUGGCUUUGAGGACCCAGCCCUGUACACCUCCUGGCUCUCAACAGAAGAAGCUUUCAACUUGUGGAAAUCCCCUGUGCCUUUUAAUAAGUACGAAAAAUCUGCUACGCUGGUCAGUAACAGUCAGGCUCUGCUCAGACCUCUGGAUAACAUGGUGGGAAAAGCCUGGAACAUGUUUGCCUCCAGGGCCUAUAUUCAUCAGUACAUUAAGUUUGGGAUCUCAGAGGAGGACUUUCUAGACAGCUUUACAUCUCUGGAGCAGGUCAUCUCCAGCUACAGUCAACUGAGCUAACAAAGGGAAAAACUAACAAGCAAGCAUUUUUUUUGUAAAAAAAUUAACAUGUAAAUAAUAAAGAAAUUGUUUGCUUUAACAGAA